AUGUUACAAGAUCUAUUCGAUGAAGAUCGUGAAGAUGGAGAUUUUUCUUAUUUUCCAAGCAAUACUAGUUCUAAAUCAAUAAUUGAGAAACCAAUAUCACCAAGAAAUGAAACAGAUUUAUGUGGUUUACAAAAUCAAGGAGCAACUUGUUAUCUUAAUGCUCUCAUUCAGACACUACUUUUCACACCAGAUUUUCGUGAACCUCUUUUCAGUUUAACUGCUAAAGAUCUUAAUCUUCUAUCAAAUCCUAAUGAUUCAAGUCAAACUUCAUCAAGUGGAAGUACUUUAAAAGUUCGUAAAAUUAUUGUUGAAUUACAAAAGCUUUUUGCUGAAAUGCUUCUACUUAAUCAACAAGCAUGUUCAUCUAUUCGAUUAACUGAUAGUUUCGGUUGGCAAUCCAAUGAAACAAUUGAUCAUCAAGAUGUUCAUGAACUUAAUCGUUUAUUAUUUGAUGCGAUUCAAAAAUCUUUACAAGGUACAAAACAAUCAAAUUUAAUACGUUCUUGUUAUGAAGGUUCCACUAUUAAUUAUACGCAAUGCAAACAAUGCCAGAAAAUUUUUAAACGAAUAGAAGAUUAUCAAGAUUUACCAUUAGUUGUACAAGAUAGUCCAAAUUUACAUACAUCUCUAGCAAAUAUGUUUACUUAUCGUGAACAGUUAACUGGUGAUAAUCAGUAUCGAUGUUCAUCCUGUGACAAUAGAUUAUGUGAUGCUGAUAAAGUAAAUAAAAAGAGAAAUAAUAUAUAUGAUUAA